AGGCUUUCCUCUCAUCCUUCAUGCGGCUGUACACCUAUCCGUUGAUACUGCCGUCUAUCUGCGUUUCGUAAGGCGCGCGGGCGUCACGGGCGCACGAGAGUGCCCGCACUCUCCGUCUGGGACGUUCUAAGCUCUCUCAACUUCAGUACAGCUCGCCGUCACUGCCCUCAUUAUCCCCAAUCUCAUCAUCCAAUUCCGAGUCCACUGUGAACACUAAAAACAUGGUUUUUGUUGGCGAGAAGAAGUAUGCAUGUGAGAGCUGCAUCAAAGGUCACCGGUCCUCCACGUGCCAGCACAUCGAUCGCCCGCUCUACGAGAUUAAGAAAAAGGGCCGCCCGGCCACGCAAUGCGAGCACUGUAGGGAGCUCCGCAAAACCAAACAAGUCCAUGUCAAGUGCAUGUGCGCGUCCAAGGAUAGCCUGAACGACUCCGUUGUGCAUAACCCUGCUUCGGGUCCCUCGACCGUGAGAGAAGGUAACUCCAAGAUCUCGGCGAGCGCCGCGUUUCCCAGCGGGCUGCCGCCCGAAGUGCUGGGAGCGUCGGUCGCGUUGCACUCCGCAAUCUCGGACGGCUCAGACUCCGAGAACAGUCAUGUUUCCCCUGCCCUGAGUGAAUGCGAUCACAGCGGAAAAUGUGAUUGCGCUACUACUCGUGGGCUGCGUCACAAGGGGAAAGCCCCGGUUCGUCCUCGUCGAGGAAGCACUGCGCAGGUCACAUCUCCGCAUGGCUCCAGGGAGCCACCUAUCGCUGGGCCUGCUGGGAUUGUUGCUUCUGCUCAUGGUCCAGGACACCGCCCGGUAUUACCUCGACCGCCCCCACCAGAGCGUGAGGCCUCCCUCCACCCGUCUGCUAUUGCCACUUCCCAUGUUUCUCGCUCACGACGCCAAUCUCAUGGCCAGCCGUAUAGCCCGUACGAAAUGGCAUACGAGCAGGCGCGCGGAGGCGACGAAUAUGACAGCAGGAGAGCGAACACGGUUCUUCCAGACAGCGGCUCUGCCACGUCCCUCCAGGAUUUCCAGUCAUGGACGAACUCUCUCGCUACGUCCUCCACAAGCGCAUUCUUCUCGGCGAACGAUUCUCUGUGUGGCUGUGGCCCUACCUGCGCGUGCCCUGGAUGCAUCGAACACCGCGGUCCAGACGUUCUCCUAGGCGCGCCUUGCACCGAUCCGAACACGUGCAUCGCCUGCCUCGAGUAUGGUAUGCUAGGGAUGCCGGUUCCAAGCCCGCCAGACGUUCCGGCGUACGAAGCAGCCCAGGCGCAGAACGUGGACGAGUGGCUGCGCCAGAUGGCGGACACCGAGCCUCCAAUGCAGCCCCAGUCGUCAAUACCAGCGCAGCUCUCAUCGUCGUUCACUCAGUCGUCCGUACCCCCUUCCCGCACACAAAACAAUAGUCGGACGUCACCUCAGCAGGUCCCCUCGCCUUCCGGCGCCGCCGGCCUCCCUGGAAGCCACGAGGCCGAUAUGCCAUACGAUCCCGCCCUCCUUCGGACUUACGCGCUUUGGAACGAUCUCCGUGAUGCGCGGACACGCUCUCGGCCUGCGCAGGGCGAAUGGGACGAACAGGACGAGCUCGGUCACACCCAGCAGGUAACAGACGCGGACAGUUACAGCGGCCGAUGCCAGUGUCCCGCGGGGAUGUGUGCGUGUCCGGUAGAGUGCUGUAGGGGUGGCAGAAUCACGUUCGCGCUGAGCGCUGAGCGCAACGCGAGCUGCUGUCGCCCGUCAUCGACAUCGUCUUCUUCCCCGCCGGCGCUCAGGCAGAACCCCCGACAGACCGUGGGUACAAACGUACAGCAGCCUGAACCGAUCACGGAGGCUUGGGCGAUGCAAGGCACCAGCGGGACAGCGGGAGAAGGCGGCGUCGUUGACUGGGGCGCACUGGACGUACCCCGGGUCACGCUCAGCCGCGCGUCCUCGCACUGGUCGCAGUCGUCCGCGGGCCAUUCGCCCUCGUCGUCGUCGUCCCUUGGGUCUGCGCUUGUGGUGCCGAGUCCUCCGGGUUGGAAAGUGGAACUGGGAAGCAGCAUACGAGGAGGUUGACAAAUCCGGCGGAUCCCGGCCGGAGGGCAGGCUACUUGGACGAUGCUGACCAUCUAUUAGUCAACAAGUAGGAAGUUAUGCGUACGGUUGUUUCCUACUUCGGGCUCGAUGAACUCGACAACACCGUUGUUCUUGUGAAGUUCUGACUUAAUGAAUGCCUUCGUUCUGACGCAAAAUGAGCAUGAAACGCGCUACCGCCAGCUCUUUCGCAAGCGUCUACUUUACAAGCUUUACGUCGCCG